GCUCCAUUCAGUUCCCCUUCCCUUCCUUGUGGGCCCCUCAGACUCAGGCCCAGGGGCCGGGAGCAGCCUGUAGCCUGGGAAGUUGGGAGCAGCUGGCAUCGGGCAGGCCCUGCCAAGGAAGGACAGAUGCAAAUCCAGUGGCCUCCACAUGAAAAGAAGCUGUUUAGAAUGAACCUCUCCUUUGUGGGCCUGGAGUGUGGGACCAGCUGAUGUCCUGGCGUCCGCAAUACCGCAGCUCCAAGUUCCGGAAUGUCUAUGGGAAGGUGGCCAACCGAGAGCAUUGCUUUGAUGGCAUCCCCAUCACCAAGAAUGUGCAUGACAACCACUUCUGCGCUGUCAACGCCCGCUUCCUGGCCAUUGUCACUGAGAGUGCAGGAGGUGGCUCCUUCCUCAUCAUCCCCUUGGAGCAGACAGGCAGGAUUGAACCCAACCACCCUAAGGUCUGUGGUCACCAAGGCAAUGUGCUGGACAUCAAGUGGAACCCCUUCAUCGACAACAUCAUUGCCUCAUGCUCAGAGGACACAUCGGUGCGGAUUUGGGAAAUACCCGAGGGUGGGCUGAAGCGGAACAUGACUGAGGCGCUCCUGGAGCUGCACGGGCACAGCCGGCGUGUGGGGCUGGUCGAGUGGCACCCCACCACCAACAACAUCCUGUUCAGUGCUGGCUAUGACUACAAGGUCCUCAUCUGGAACCUGGACGUUGGAGAGCCAGUGAAGAUGAUUGACUGCCACACAGACGUGAUCCUCUGCAUGUCCUUCAACACAGAUGGUAGCCUGCUCACCACCACAUGCAAGGACAAGAAGCUGCGUGUGAUCGAGCCCCGCUCUGGCCGUGUUCUGCAGGAGGCAAACUGCAAAAACCACAGAGUGAACCGGGUGGUGUUCCUGGGAAACAUGAAGCGGCUCCUCACGACAGGGGUCUCCAGGUGGAACACAAGACAGAUCGCCCUCUGGGACCAGGAGGACCUGUCCAUGCCCCUGAUCGAGGAGGAAAUUGAUGGGCUGUCUGGCCUCCUGUUCCCCUUCUACGAUGCUGAUACCCACAUGCUCUACCUGGCUGGAAAGGGGGAUGGAAACAUCCGGUACUACGAGAUCAGCACUGAGAAGCCCUACCUGACUUACCUCAUGGAGUUCCGCUCCCCAGCCCCGCAGAAAGGCCUCGGGGUCAUGCCCAAGCACGGCCUGGAUGUGUCGGCCUGUGAGGUGUUCCGCUUCUACAAACUGGUGACGCUCAAGGGCCUGAUUGAGCCCAUUUCCAUGAUCGUGCCACGGAGGUCGGAUUCCUACCAGGAAGAUAUUUACCCCAUGACACCAGGCACAGAGCCAGCUCUGACCCCGGAUGAAUGGCUGGGAGGCAUCAACCGAGAUCCCGUGCUGAUGUCUUUGAAAGAAGGCUAUAAGAAGUCCUCAAAAAUGGUAUUUAAGGCUCCCAUCAAAGAAAAGAAGAGCGUUGUGGUCAAUGGAAUAGAUUUAUUAGAAAAUGUCCCACCCAGAACAGAGAACGAGCUCCUCCGAAUGUUCUUCCGGCAGCAGGAUGAGAUUCGGCGGUUGAAAGAGGAGCUGGCCCAGAAGGACAUCCGCAUGAGGCAGCUCCAGCUGGAACUGAAAAACUUGCGCAACAGCCCCAAGAACUGUUAGCUUCCCAGUCGGGUUGUUUUCUAAGCUGGUCUCUCCGUUGUUUCUACUCGCUCCCAAACUUCCCCAUAUCCAGUGACCCCAGAGACAGAGCCAGGACUGGAGCCUGCCUAUCAACUCAAGAACUGGAAGCUGACCUUUGACCUCCUGACCUCAUGCUAAUAAAAGUUCCAGCCUCUUCUGGAGACCCCCCAACUGGCAGCCCCUUUCCCUGUCACCCCAGGAG